AUGAUAUCAUUGAGGGUGCCCAGGACUCUUUGGUCGAGGAAGCUGUUCUCCACGAGCACUGUUUCGCUUUCAAAUGUCAAGAUUGAGUCGGUGACCCAGUUGAAGCCGCGCCAAUUCCCCCAAUACGCCCAAAAUCCGCACUCCUUUUUCAGAAACCUCGUUUGGCAAGCACCCCCUUCGAAUAUAUUGGUGGUUAAGAAACCGCGGAAAGAGGACGUUUCAUUUGCGACAGCUCAGUUCAUCUCCCACGUCCACUCUUCCUACCCUAAUUGCACCGUAAUAGUCACUGAAGAAGUUGCCAAGGAGUUCAACGAAAAUCCCGAGGUAUUCAAUAAAUCCGGCGGAAAUGUCAAGCACGUUUUGUAUACGGGCAAGAGCGAAGAAAUUGUCAGCAAGACCGACAUGAUUGUUUCUCUUGGAGGAGAUGGAACCAUAUUAAGGGGCGUUUCUCUCUUCUCAAAUACCCAGGUGCCGCCAAUACUUUCGUUCAGCCUGGGAACUUUGGGAUUCUUGCUUCCUUUCGAUUUCAAAGACUUCAAGGAAGCUUUCAAGCAGGUAUUCGAGAGCAGAGCCUUGAUGUUACGCAGAGAGAGACUGGAAUGUCACAUUGUUAAAAAGAGUACAAUUACAGAUUCGAAUCCAAAUUCGAUGUACAGAAGUGGUUCGGACGAACUAUCACAGAUGCACGCCAUGAACGAUAUAGUGCUCCAUCGCGGGUCGCUGCCAAGUCUUAUAAACUUGGACGUUUAUGUAAACGGCCACUUCCUCACAACAACCACCGCAGAUGGUCUAAUUUUUGCUACGCCCACAGGAUCAACCGCAUAUUCUCUUUCUGCUGGUGGGUCCAUGGUCCACCCAGUGGUUCCAUGCAUUCUACUCACCCCCGUGUGUCCCAGGUCUCUUUCUUUUAGACCUUUGAUUCUCCCAUCUAUUUCGCACAUCAAGGUAGUCGUCAGAAGCAAGAGUCUGAGCGGACACGAAUGCUCGGCAAAGUUGUCGAUCGACGGGAUGCCUCAGCUGAAACUCACAGCGGGCGACGAGAUACACGUUGUUUCAGAGUCGGGCUCCCUAUUGGACCCUUCGUGGAACCUCCCGACCUCCAUAUCACUGAAGAAAAAGACCACGACCGAUGAAGCCAAAACUGGUCUUUGGUGUGUCGCGCGUACAAAAGGUGACUGGGUGACAGGCAUCAACAACUUGCUGGGAUUCAACUCCGGUUUCAAAAGCAUAAACGACGUUCAUCCAUAA